AUGGGAGGGCGCGGCCGGGAAUUCAAACUGACAGGUGGGAGCGUGGCCGUUGGCGCCGGACCGGGACCGGAACCGGGACCGGGACCGGGAUCGGAACCGGGAUUGGGACCGGGAUCGGGAUCGGAACCGGGACCGGGACAGGAUCGGGACCGGAUCGGGACCGCGGUCCCACCCGCCAUGUCCGCCACCGGCUGCACCUUCGAGGACCGGUGUGUGAGCGUGCUGUGCUGCCGGUUCUGCCGGCAGGUGCUGAGCUGGCGGGGCAUGCAGGCCGUGCUGCUGGCGGACACCGACACCCACCUCUACUCCACCGACAUCCCGCCCUCGGGAACCGUGGAUUUCAUCGGGAGCUGCUACUUCACGGAAAUCUGCAAGUGCAAGCUGAAGAACAUCGCCUGUUUGAAGUGCGGGAACACCGUUGGCUACCACGUGAUUUGUCCCUGCAAGCCCUGCCUGCUGUCCUGCAACAACGGCCACCUCUGGAUAUUCCACAGCCAGGCCGUGUUUGGCAUCAACAGGCUCGACCCUUCUGGUGUGAAUGUAUUGCUGUGGGGCGAGCUGCCAGAUUUGGAGGAGAGCACAGAAGAAGACACAUCCUGCACCUCUGAGGAGGAGUACAUCAGAUAAACGUGAGCUGCAGGAUCUUCCCUCUGCUGGUUUGCAUUGCAUUCAUUUCAUUUUACCUGAUGGACCAUCAGAGCUUUAAAAAACAGGAAAUCUUGGGGGAAAAAAAUAUCAAAAAAAUCCAAAAAAAUUUGAAUUCUUCUUGCUCUUUCCCUGGACUCCUGAAUCUGCCUGGCAUGCACUCCCUGAGCAGAGAUACACCUUGGAAAUACAAAAUCCAUUUCCUGAGCUCUAUUUUGCUUUUUAUUCUUAACCCUCUCCAGCUGAUAACCCUUUUCUUCUUCCCUAAAGCACUUUUCACAAAGCAAAAACCUCUCAGCUGCUUUCAGUCCCCCCCAAAAAAAAAAACCCUUCAGGAAUAAUCAGCCAGCUCAGGGGAGUUCUGGAAGAACUCAGCUCUGUGCUCAGCAGUGGCUCAAAGUUUUGCUGUUCUUUGGAGCUUCUGGAGCACCUGAGGCUCCCUGGAUGCACUGGGAAGCCUCUUAGAGCCUUUUCAUUUUUAUUUUUUUAAUAUUUUCAGCAUUCUGUCUUUCCACAGAGAUCAAGUUCAUGAUUUUUUAUUCCCCCAUAAAACCAAAAUUCUGCAGUUCUUUAGUAAAACUUCAAGGCUAGGCUGGAGUUUUUCUUCAGGGCAGCAAUAAAACCCAUCCAUUUUCAUAUAUAUAUAUAUAUUCUCCAAAACAAAACUCAAAACUCAGUCAUGAAAUUGGAUUUUUUUUAAAGCAAAAAGAAUAAAAGAGAUCAGGUUAAAUAUUUGGUGCUCAUUCCUAAUUUCCCAUCCUGAGGUGCACAGACAAUCUGGUUCCUGUAGGUAACAAAUUCAAAGCUCAUUUUCUGAGCUGUUAACGAACCAUGAUGUUUAAUUUCUGAACUGAAAUUAAUUAUUAAUUUAAUUUCUGAACUGAAAUUAAUUACUGUCCCCUUCAGCUACUCACCUGAAGGCCACCAAUACCAAAAUUCCAGGUAAAAUUCAUAUAAAAGAACACAGGACACUUAAAUUUGGAUUGAUGCUGAAUAAAUCACUCUGCAGCCUCUUGUGAUGCUUGAAAGGGGUGGAAUGAAGACAGAUCUGAAUUGUCUCAGUGUUUUUACUCAUUAUAUAUUUCUUAAUUAAUGGUACUACCUCUUCUGCACUGUUUAAAUGUAUAUUGGUGUAUAUUUGUAUGUGUGAGUCUUGUUUUGAGUUCCUGUGUUGUGUCUGCCCAGGAAAUAAAAAGCUUUGGACUCUGGAGUCAUCAAUCUGGAUAUAUCAGAUAAUCAAAACAAUGAAAUAGCAUCUUGGAUUAAAAGAGUAGAAUAAUUAGA